UCAGAAGUCUUAUAGUAACAAUAUCUGCAAAACUGAGAGCUAAUUCACACAAUCAUCUAUUCGCUUUUGAUUCCAGGUUUAUCCAAGAUGACCAUUGUUCACAUUGUGCUAUUUGGCUUCAAGCCUGAUGCCACCCCUGCUCAAGUGGCGAAGGCAUGUGCGGACAUGUUGAACUUGGCGAACACAUGCUUGCACCCAGAAACAAAGAAACCGUACAUACGCUCUACCAUGGGAGGCAAGAAUAACAGCAAAGAAGGACUCGCGGGCGACACGACCCACGCAUUUGUUAUGUGGUUUGAAUCUGAAGCCGACAGAGAUUACUACGUAGAGAAGGAUCCUGCGCAUCAGGCCUUCAAACAGAGCCUAGCAGGCAUAAUUCAGAGUGCAUGUGUUGUUGAUUUUGAGACGGGAGUGUUUUGAACUUUGAGAUACAGGCUCGAGGCAGGGAAAAGUUGUCUUUCUCCAUUAUGUAUGAUACGCUUUCUUUGAGGGGUAGUCUUUCUACAGAAGGAAAAAACGCCAUUCCUAUGCUUCUUUCGGUCGAAGAUGCUCGAGUGUUGGUUACGACACGCUGAAUGACUCGCCACAUCCACAUUGCUCAGCUACUCGACUUGUUAGCACAUAAAACCCCUCAAAAAUGCAC